GAGGGUCCUUCAUAAAUCCCAUGUUCAGGAGUAUUUUUCCAUGCAGGGAAAAGUAGUCAGCAAUGGAAGAGGCCAAUAAGGAGUAAACAUUGAUAGGAAAGCCAUGCUACUAAGUUUAUCAGGAAGGCUGAAUAUAGCCAAGAAGUUUAGUUGCCCUGGGCAGCUGCCAGUCCAAACUGACAUUUCCUCUCAUCUCUCAGCAUGUGGGCUUGUACUUCAAAAAACUUCUUCCUGCCAAGUGUGCAAGCACAGGAGCCAUAAGGAGCUUCCACUGGAACCAAAACCUGAGGGGCAUAAGCACAAACACAAAGGUUAUGUUUGAGAUGGGGAUGUGCCAGCAGAAAAUGCAGCUAUUCACCUCCUUAUAAAAUCAUGCCCAGACUCUUUCCCUCUCUUACGAACAUCAGUGGUAGAUGCUGACAUUAUCACAAGUAAAAGUGGAUCUGUAAUGUCCACAUGAAGGAGGGAAAGGAUGGCAGAGCCCAGUAGCAGAAUCACAAGACUUUGGAGGGAGACUAGAGCAUAAACAGACUAUAGACCAUUGAUGUCAAACGGAGUAACUCAAUUUUUCUCUUUCAUAUGAGAGUAAUAGACUUUCAGCUGGACCUUGCUGUGCUAGAGCAGCUGUGGAGGGAGGAGCUAAUGCAUCUCACCCCCUACCUCAUGCCCUCUGCCUGAUCCCAGGCUUGUACCUCAUCCACUGUUAGACCAAUCUGGGAUGCCACAGUGUAUUCUGCUUGGGUAAAAUGCACAGGUUAACAUUAUAAUUGAGAGUAAAAUUCAGUGGAGAUAACAGGAAUAAUUUUUCAGAGACAGUCUCUGUUGCAGAUCCUUUUGAUGUCCAGAGUAUUCCACUUGACCUUUAGCUUUUACCAAUAACACAAGAAGAAAAUUAUUUAUCCUCCUUUUGCAAUCAGUGUAAGUCUUUUUUAGAGGUAAUGUGGAGCUUUUCUUGGGACAGGGGAAGAAAGCUUGCUCACUUUAACUCUGUUUUAUGUAGAACUGCUGCUAUGCUUUGAGGCUGAGUAUUUCUAAAGAGGGCAGUCAACUUGUAUUUGAAACAGUUACUUACUUCUUUGUCAUUGGUCAAGCCUAGAUUCUUCAUGUCUACAACAUUAUAAAAAGUGUUGUUCAAGACGACUUCUAUGACCUGUACCUGAAACCAUGAAAAUGGAUGAGACAAUGAAUUAGGGCCCCUUUUCGGUCAACAGCCUGGCAGGCUUUUCACUCUGUGUAAAAAAGAACAAUGUCACCCCACCCUCCCCCAGUACAGUUGAUCAAAUGCAAUCUAGUGAACAUGUGUAGCACACCUUUCACUUUUAUUCAAGGGCUGCCAAGAACUGAGUGAUGUUCUCACACCUUGUGUUCCCAGCUGGGGAGUUUCCAGUCUUAGAACUGACAGAGGAAAUAAGUCUCAUGUUGGUCUUCUCAGUGGUGCAAUUAACAUUCACUAUUGUUGAAGUAAAACAUCAUUAGGAGGAAAGAAGAUACCUGUGACACUCUGGAAAGGACAAGCAUCUGGAUACAGUUGACAGUUUUCUGGUAAGAGGGUGAAUAUUCCCCACAGUCAGGUGGUCCAGCAAAGGCUUCAAGGAUACAUUCACGGAUUUUCUUCCUAGAGGUAACACAGGUUCUUAAAAAAAUUUGUAUCAGCUGUCUCUACUUCAAUCUGUUAUGCUCUGCUGUGGGGUGGGGUUUUUUUGUAUAUUUUGUAUGUCUUUUUUGACAAAUAAAUAGCUCAUGGGAUUUUGUGGAAGAACAAUUUGUCCUAUCACCCAAAUUCUGUUUCCUCUCCCCACCCCCACCAGAUAUAUAAUUCACAAAUAGGUUUUGUUAAAACUAUUUAACAAAUUAGUUACAUUAUUCUCCUAAAGUAUACUGAACACUGAACUGUUCUUCUGAAUCCUGUCCAAUGAUCUACCCUGAGAGAGAGAAGUACCCCUAAGACAUGCUUCUCACCCCUUGUAACAAGAGCUUAGUGCUGCCACUGAGACCUGUGAGUGGCUGGUGCACAACACCUGUGGAUCUGGCCCUUACACCUUCUGUAUUGUAUAGAGGGACUUUUUGAGUAUAGAUUGGGAAAUUAGUAUUACUUGAUAUAACAUAUACCAUAUGCAGUCAAAGUCAAAAUCCUUGCAUUCGCCAUAUGACCAUUUGCAGAAGAGCUCUCCACACAGAAUCCUGUCAUGCCUUUCAGGAAGUGUGGUGUGUUCAUCCUUACAGAAGCCUUCAAAUCCAGACUGCGUUGUCUUCAUAAGUUUCAGGUCCUUAAUUCCAGCAAAGACAACCAGAGGACCUGUGAUUGAAAAUUAGAAGAAAAUAUGAGCUUCUUUUCAUGCAAAGAAAGAAACCUUUGGGUGCAUACUUGCAUUGAUGGCUCCAGAGCCAGAAAGCAGACAAUGGCUUUCUGCACACUGAUAUUGGCAGAAAGAAAUAUUUACAGAGAAUUCUUUUCUCACCAUUCCGGCACUGCUCAGCUUCACAGAAGCGGAUCCCAUCAGGAACACAUAUGAAUGAGUGGAUGUGGGGAACUCCAUCCUGCAAUUUAGAGCAGACAUUUGAGAACUUCAAGGUCCUUGAUCUGCAAAGAAAACAUGUGGCAGUUGUGAAGAAAUGCAGUGGAAGCCUGAUUUAUGCUGUCAUGAAACAAUAGCCACUCGGGGCUCGCCCUGCGCUGCCGGGAAACCAAAAUGCCUGCGGGACCUGCCUGGUGCCACCCUGCUCUGCUCCUGCUUCUCUCCUCCGUGCCCCUGUGGGCCGCCGAGAUUUCCUGCAGGAAUGAAGACGGGGAGGCGGUGGAUUGGUUUGUUCUUUAUAAGUUGCCAAAACAUGCCAAAGGACAGAUUCCCAUGCUGGGACUGGAAUACCUGUACAUGGACACCCUGGCUCCGCAGUGGCAGCUUGGUAAAUACCUCAUCAACAUGACACAGGGUGCUCUGGGACAAACACUGCAGCAGCUGUAUGAGACAUAUGAAUCCAAGAGGAACACCACUGCAUAUGUGAUAUACAACGAUGAGAUCCCUGAACCAGACUCCAAAGGGUCAAAGUGUGGACACACCAAAGGAUUUCUGCUCUUGGAUAAAUCACAAGGCUUCUGGGUGAUUCACAGUGUGCCCCUGUUCCCUCCCAUUCCUGAGGAUGGUUAUGGAUAUCCAUCUACUGGGGAGUCCUUUGGACAGACAGCCAUCUGUAUAACCUUCAAAUAUGAUCAGUUCACAGAAAUAGACCAACAGAUGCUGAGUUAUAAUCCAGGAAUCUACAGCUGUUCCAUCCCUGACAUCUUCCAAGCUGAUCUCCCAAAUCUCCAGAAACUCUGUGCCAAGUCCAGGCUGCCCUCAGUCCCUUUGCACCACCUCUCCAAGCUCCAGUCAGCUCAUGGGGAAACCUUUCUCCACUUUGCAAAGUCACGCUUGUUCAUAGAUGAUAUCUAUGUGGCCUGGAUGGCUCAGGAACUGAAGACUGAUUUGUUGGCUGAAUCAUGGCAGCGUUCUGGUGAAAAGCUUUACUCAAAUUGCUCUCUUGACUACCACGUCUACAACAUAAACAUCAUAGGGAUGCCAUUGAACUCCACCUUUCAUUCCAUUAAUGACCAUUCCAAAUGGGCUGUUUCAAGGAAGUACAAAGAUCAGUGGACAUGCAUUGGGGACUUGAACCGUGCUGCUGAGCAAGCUUGGAGAAGUGGUGGGUUCAUCUGUACCCAGAAUGAACAGAUCUACAAAGCUUUCAGGCAUCUGAUAAUCCACUAUGAAAGCUGCACUUCUGCUCCCAGAGAGCUAUAACAAACCAUUCCUGCCAACCAGCACAGCCCUUGCUACAUGGGAAGUGUAGGAAAUGUCUCCCUUCAACUGUACUUUCACUCUGAAAAUCAGCCCUGUGAGUUUCCAGAUGUGCUAAGCACAUCUUGUUAGCUGUAGGAGCAGGUGGUGUGCAGGUGAAGGGCAGCUGUUUCCCUGUGGUGUGGGGCCCUCUGGGGCUGUGUGCUGGGCCCUGCUCUGCUCCCCUGGCUCCUCUCAGCAUUCCCACCAGGCUGGGACUGGAGGUAUGCUGCUGCAUGGGGCUGCACCAAAGCUCAUCUCUGUGAGCACCCUGCACGGGUAUCCCUGGGCACCUUAGGAGUGGGGCUGGACAUGGGACAGGAGGGACAACAGAAACCUCUCAUGAGCUGGGCUGUCAGGACUGGGCUGGUAGCAAGGGAUAAGUACUCCCAAAUACUUCAAAACUGCCCUGAAUUUCUGGCACUGUUGAGAUAAAUCACAGCAUUUCUGCUCAGCUUGGGCUAAAUCUCUAAAAGAGCUGAGAAAAUUAGAUCCAGACAAGGAGAUGAGUAGAUCUGAAGACAGGAAGACCCCAUCUUCAUAUGAUUCACUUUUAGAGAAUUAAUAUACUUUAAAUCAUCUUUAAAUUAUCUGUAAUCAAUAGCUUGGGAAUAUUUCUAGCGCUUUUAUUCAUGUACAGCAAUUUUAUAAACAAAUAAGCAUGUCCAAAAUAUGAAUAAGCAAAAUAAGGAGUAACAAUGGUCUAUUUACAGUAUCCCUCUUCCAUCUGUAUAGUUAUUUGUGGUUGGUUACAGUGUUUUGUAGGUGCCAAGGGAAAAAUGGAGACAAUUAGGAAAAAAAAUAAAGAGAAGAAUAUAUUUGAAGAAAGGUGUUAUUUAACCUACAUUUUCACAUUGCAACAAGUGCGGCUGUUAAUUUUCAAUAUCUCUGGUCUCAGGCUUAGGACCUGAAGUUUGCAUGGUCUUGCUAUAAAGAUAAAGGUGACUGGCAAAAUCCCAAUACACUCUCGUGUUCAGAUUUCAAAAGUGUAUCUGUGUUUAAUGUGUUCCUAAAUAUAUUUAUAUGUUUCUAUCUCUUUUUUUCCUGAAUUGGUAAUAUAAACUUCAGUCUGAAGAUCUGGCUGUCAUGCUCACAUUUCUGUUUUGCUGUGUUCAUGGUCCCUACCACUGAACCUCCAUGGAAGUAGGUGUAAGGAAAUGCCCCACAACCACAAGAGGUUACAAAAGAUUUCUUUCCCUUUUCAUCCUGAACAAUCAGCCAAACAACAAAGUGUGCAAAGUGCCAAACAAAUUAAUUUCAGAAAAAAAUUGUGCAUAAGAGAUAGAAAUAAUGUAUGUAUCCUGCAUAAUGAAGAGGGUUGUAAAGAAAUAAGUUUCAUAGUUAGCCAGUCUGGAUGGAAGAUAGCUCGUAGCUUGAGUCUGAUGGCUCAGUGAAAAUAGUAUUGUUGCUCAGAUAUCCUGAAAGAAUUUUUUUAAAUUUUAUUUUCUCUGCAUAUGACCCAAUAACAUUCGAUAAAUAAUGUCUGAUAAUGUUCUUUGUCUGAUGCCAGUCAAAUUGUUUUACAUAUUUACUUCUUGUUUGGCUAGCUGUGGUCAAGUAACACCUUUUGUGGCAGCAAAAAUUGCCAGUGACACAGAACACUGCACUGUGGGAUGGUAAGGCAUUGCUCAGAUAAGCCAAGACAAAAUUAAUUUCUCUUGCCUAUCUUUUCAUGGCAGACACUAACCUAACCUGCCUGUCUGAGCUCUUGUAUCUUACCCACAGCUUUGUGUAAGCACAACUUCAGUGUACAGGACUGGCAAGAAAUCCUCCACUGGAGACAGUGCUGGCGAGCUCACCAUGUGUGUCAGAGAGCACCUGGAUCUGUGGCACAACCUGUAUUUCUUGUAGUAUUUUCAAAUACUCAGCCACAGCAUUUGGGUCACAGGGUUCAAUAGCAAAGAGUCUCUGUCCCAGUGUUGCCAGGCUCCUGCUCCCCAGGCCACUUGAAGUAAGUGCUGAUUGCUUUUCUUAAUUAUUUGAUCAAUUAAUAGUCGUCAUAAAGUUUUACAAGACUACUUAUACGUUCCUCUUUCAUUGUACCCAAGGCUGGUUGCCUCCAUUUCAGCUGUAACUGUGGAGGCAUAAAGAGCAGAGGAAAGAUGUAAAGAAACAGCUGUACCAUGUACCAUUGUACCUCAGCAGCCUGGCUGUGCACACUCUCAUUUCAGUGGUGUAGCAAUAAAAAGGCUGCAGCUCUGGUUCUCUCCUUUUUUGACUGUAGACAGUUUAAUUCAGUUUUGCUUUUGUUGUGUAACUUCUUUAUUUGCAUAUCCUUAUAUUUCUGCCACACAUUAUGACACGUGGGCAGACUCUUUGUUUCCCAAAAUAGACUAAUAAUUGACAAAAUAAACCGUAUAGAUUUUUAAA